GCGAGGGCCUUUAUUAACAAUGUGAGAGUUUGUGGGUUGUUUUACCUCUCCACCUUCUACUAGAUAUCCCUGCCCACCUCUUACUCUUCACUUUGAGUUGAGGGCAUGUGCAAUAUAGUUUAGUAUUUCUUUUGUCUGGUUGGCAUUAGAGACUCUUCAACCCAGCAUUUAGCAUAAGUGCUCAUAAUUUUAAAUCUUCUGGUUUUCUGGAGAUCCUCACGUGUAAACUCUCACGUUGAUUGCUACUCACAUUUUCUUUCCUGUGACGCACUCUCGGUGGAUUUGCUUUAUUCUUUGUGUCUACCCUGAAGACCUCAUAACUUUCAAUUUCUCUGUCCAACCAAACAGCUUAAAUACGGUUAAAAUCCAACAAUGCAGAUGCCAAGGACAUGGACCUUUUUGAUUUUACUUUGUGGCAACUUUUUUUCAGGACAAAGUUUGGAUUUUUUGCAUCACAGGGAUGUAAACUUUGUCAACUCUGAGACACGUGAGAUUGAAAAAGCAAGCGUUCAUCAAACUGAAGCAGCCUUAUCGGAUCCUUUUGUUUCAAGUGCAACCCUCCCUGCUGAGGCUGGGUAUGAGCAGCUCCUCGUGGAGGCAGAGGAGGCGAGAGACAGCCAAGGAGUUGAUCUGAGGAAGGUGGAGGCUGGUAGAAGACGAAGAGGUGCUUGGGGGAAGAGGAAACAUGCGGAAAAAGUGGAGGCCGUGGCAUAUAGAAUAGCAGGGUUGGGGAAGCCCUUGAAUGGCUGGAGGAAACCAGGAAAAGCGGAGCAGGAGAGCAGCACUCUCAUAACUGUAUUGAAGGAUCUUCAUGAUGAAAAACGGCGACUGAUGGAUGAAGGGAAAGCAAAAGAGGAGGAAGAAGAAGAUGAUGAUGAUGAUGAUGAUGAUGAUGAUGACGAAGAUGAGGAUGAUGAUGAUGAUGAUGAUGAUGAUGAUGAAGAAGAGGAAGAGGAAGAAGAAGAGGAAGAAGAGGAGGAAGAGGAAGAAGAAGAGGAAGAAGAAGAAGUAGAAGCAACUGAGGCUCCGGGAAAUCAAACAGAAACACACUACAGCUACACAGAGUCUCCUCUCGGAGAAUGCCAGACUGCAAACAGAGAGAUCAGCUGCAGGAACAUCGGCGUCACUCACCUGCCAAUCCUGCACAACCUGGAGGCCACUAAGCUGGACGCUGCAGAGAACAACAUCAGAGUUAUCGCUCCACAAGCUUUCUCUGGUCUGCCGAGCCUGGACUCACUGGACAUGAGCAAAAACCAACUGGACGAUGAGUCAUUCACACAAAACCCCCUAUAUAAUUUGACUUUUCUGAAGAAGCUGAACCUGGAUGAUAACCAGCUUACCAGGAUCCCAGCUCUGCCUUCAUCCUUGGAGGAGCUCAAGAUGAACAAAAACAAGCUUGCUACACUCACCCCUCUAUGUUUCCAAGGAUUAAUAAACCUAUUGAAUCUGGAGCUUGAAGAGAAUAUGCUCCAUGAGGGCAGCGUGUCGCCACUAUCCUUCAGACCUUUGGAGAGACUCCUGGAUCUCCAGUUGGACAACAACCACUUCCGUUCUCUCCCACUGGGCCUUCCUCCCUCUCUUCAGGAGCUUGAGAUGAAUCAAAAUCUGAUUGAGGAAGUGACAUCAGAGGCGCUGAGGGGCUGCUUCCAUUUGAGAGCACUGGACUUGAGUCACAACCUGCUACAUGAGCAACGCAUCGAAACCAAUGCAUGGAGCCAACUCAAGUCCCUGGAAGCCUUGGAUCUGUCUUACAAUCAGUUCACCUCUGUACCCAUGAAUCUGCCUCGCCCUCUCCAUAAACUGGACCUCCAACAUAACAACAUCAGUCACAUCCCAGCCUCCGCCUUCAGGCACCUGAAGCCCGGCCUUCAGUCGCUCAUUCUAUCCCACAAUGCCUUGAGCAAUGAGGGGACGGAGAGAGUCUCUUUUGUUGGAACAUACCGGUCACUUGGUGAGCUGCUGUUGGACAACAAUCGUCUCAGGGAGGUUCCUAGAAGUGUUCGACAGUUUAAGAACCUGCAGGUGCUAAGACUUGACAACAACCAGAUCAGGUUCGUGAGGCAGUGGGGGGUGUGCCAUCCUCGUAACUCUGGCUUCACCCUGUCUUCAGUCCACUUGGAAAACAAUCUGCUGGACGUGGAGAGGAUUCCCCCAAAAGCUUUCUCCUGUUUGAUUGAUGCUCAGGGACUGGUCCUCUAUCCACAGCAGCCGCACUUAUAAAACCAGUAAACUACAUAGUGGGACAGACAUUCAUGGAAAGAUACAAACCCACAAUACACUCAUGUGCAGUCAUGACAUACAGCACCUUUUUUCUGUCUUGGGUUUUUCAGUAACAUGUAAUUUGCUAAGUUAGUCAGUGAUAUGAAUUAAUCAUCUUCCAAUCCUCGUUUUUGGUUUAUAAGGAACAUAAUUGUAUUUUUGGUUUGUUAUGUAAGAAUGUAAAUGCUGUCAUAGUAGUACUGAUAUAAAAUGUUAUUGUGUUAAAAAGAAAAUAGAUUGCGUUGCAGCUUCAAAAUGCUUCUUUUUACUGUAAAUAUAUGCAAAAAAGAUAUGAUAUAUGCAAGGCAGAUAUAAAGAAGGUAAUUCAGAAAUGACAGGGGUACCAAGGAGGUCAUGAAACAGUCAAAUCUUUGCCCUGCUGCCUGGCGGUCCCUGAAAAAGAGAGUGAAAAUGUCUGGUGACAGUGUGAACCUAAGGGACCCAUUAGGAAGGAAAACAUAAACAUCACCCAGGUUCUCUAUCACCAGAUGAGUUCCAACAUAAACAUCCACCACCAGCCGUGCAGCCAAAUACAUAACAAGCCCUUCUGACUGUGGGCCUGUGGACUGGGGCCCACCGUCAGGGCCUCCUAACAUGUAAACGGUGACACCAGUCUCUGUAGGAUUAUGUACAGUGAUUGGGGUAUUUGUGUGCGUGACAGGACUGGGGCACCCCAUUAUUUUGAUUAGCAGCAGGGAAAAUGGGAAAAAUGCAAGGAACAUGUUGGCUAAGGACAAAAUAAAAGCUGACUUUUCAGAUACAAUAGAGUGAUUGUUCUAAGAAAGAGUCUUAGCUGGUCAGUGAAAGAUGAUCGGAGCAGCAGCUCAUGUCUGGUUAAAUCCAAUAAGAUGUGGCUAAAAGCGGAUUUAAAAUAAAGAAGGAAGAAUGGCAGAGCUGGGGUGUGUUUAGUGAUUUUUCCCAUUCGGGAUCUAAAGCAAUGGGAGCUCUGGUGUCCUGCCAACCACGCUGACAGUGACUUCAAGGAUCUCAAUGUUGUCUUUUUUUUCUGCAUCUAUCUCCACUAUCUUAAAGUCGGUCCCCUGCCGUUUAUCCAUUUUCUUCAGCUUUUUUCUCUCUCAUCUCUUCCUGCACAGUUAAGUUACAAAUAAGCUAACAAUGCACUAUUUUUCUGUCUCAACAUAUCUACGAUCUCAGCCCCUUAAGAGAUGCUUUGAGCUCUGUGACAAGAAACAAAGCCUUGCUCCUGAACAUUUCUGGGCUGGGCACCCAUAAAGUGGUCUUAGAGAGAACAUUAC